AUGUCGUCAUCCACAGUCCCGCCGGAGCCGCGUUCAAUGAACGGGACCGUCAUGGAAACCUGUACGCCUCAACAUCUUGUCGCAUCAAAGGCCCUGCAUCCCAUUCAGUCGCUCCAUGUCGUCCCUGAGGUGCAACUGAGGACAUCUGAGUGGCUAUCUCCUGUUGCACCAGUUGUGGAACCCAUGAUGUCUGGCGUCCGAAGCACCAUAACCCCUAUGGUCAUACCAGGACCAUCACCACCGGUUUCAAUGCCUCCCGUGACUGUCGGACAAAACAUGGGAAAUAUCAGAACGGUACGGCGGGCCUUCCCACCGACCGGUAACCCGCAGAAAAUGAAAACGGAAACGGACAACAGCGAACCCCAACAGCGAACCCCAACCGCGCUGGAUAUCCUGGAAGCCGGUUCGGAAACGAGAGAGAGACAGAGGGCGUUGUCGGUGAAGGCCAGCCAUGCUGUCACUCGGACAGACAUGCCCCCAUCCGACUUUGUGGACGAGAGAGGUUUUUGGGAUGCAGAAACCAGGCCUGCCAGAUGGGGUCUAGAUGCCACAGUUGCUACUGUGGUAGAGCAUUCCGUUCGCUACCAUCCCCACAAAUGUGACAAAUGCAUCAAAAUGGAUGUGCCAUGCAUUGUGUUGCCUGACAAGAAGUUCGGGUGUACAAGACUCGCUUGUGCAAACUGUGAUGAGAUGAAAAUUACCUGCGCGAUUGACGGCGCUGGUGUCUGGCAGAGGCUGCAAGCAAAGGCGCAGGGAGCUGCGAUGAAAACCGGCGUGAACGCACCACUCAAACAUUCCAGGACACGUGCACCCAAGUCACGUGCAGCCAUCACAACACCUUUCGUAUCCACUCCUGCAAAGACAACUAAACUUUCCAGACGUUUAUCCUUGCUUGUCCUACAGAAAGUUGUGCCGGACAAUCCACCGAUUGAGGUUGAGCAAGGACCAAUGAACUUGAUGCCGGAGAAGGCGCCACCGAAUAUGCAGCCAUUCAGAUCUCUGCAACUCCCACCGGUCGACAUGCCAGCACCAGUCCUACCAUCCGUACCAGCCACCCCCUCAGAGCCUGAACCCACCACAAGAGCCAUACUGCAAAGCAUCCAUGACCUUGGCAGGAGAUUCGAUCUCCUGGCAACCAAUGAGCGGAUGGAUGCUUUGGAUAUGAGGGUAGAUUCGGUAGAGCGGAGGAUUAGCCUGAGGCUGACGACGCUGGAGGAACGGUUCACCGUAUCUAAUGUGCAUCAGGAGUUGUUAUCACAGUCGAUCGGUAAUCUGUCUAUGUCCUCACGGGUGCACAGCAACAAUCCGGGUGCACAUCAUCCUCGCGCCCAUGGUAAUGCGCAUGUGAGCCCCUUCAGUGACAAAUUCUGUAUUAUACAGGCCACCCGACCUACAUAA